AUGGCGGACACUGCACUUCAGGUUUUUCAAGUUGCCAGUCAGAUCUAUGAUAUUGUUCAAGAAGUGAAUGCAAACAAGGAGCGGUGUCGACGAUUCGCGACUCGUGUAAGAUGUCUAGUCGAGCCCCUCCAGGGUGUGAGGAAGCUAAACAACGCUGAUAAAGUGAAUUAUGAACGGGCCCUGACCCAGCUUGAGAUAUGCUUGAGAGAGUCGAAGAUGUUCCUUGUCAAAUUUAGGGAUGUGGGAACUAUCAAGAAAAUUUUGAAACGAGAAGAUUAUAAGAGCGAAUUUACUAAUUUCAAUGAGCGACUGGAUGGGCUUGCCUCGGCGCUGUCUUUAGGAUUGGAAGCAGCUACGAAAGCCAGAAUUGAUGAGGUGUUUGAACAACAACGAAUACUCCAAGAAGACCGAAAGGACGAAGAAUUGGAUCGACAACAAAUAAUUGUUUUAUUAGAUGACAUAAGCGAAGGUCAGCAAAAGAUAGGGGAUGAAUUGGAUUCUGGAUUUCAAAGUUUGGGAGAUAAACUAGAUGAUUAUCAGAAGAGUGUGAAAACGGAUCAGCAAGAGAUUAAAGAUGAUAUGAAGGUUAUAAAUAAGAAACUGGAUGAUAUUCAGCUGAGAACGAAAACAGAGAACGAUAGAGCGAUCAGUCAACCAAGUGAUGAGCUGAAGAUCAUAGAAAGUGGAGAGCUAGAAAAUAGAGAACUGAUAGGAGAAGGUCGAUUCGGUAAAGUCUACAAAGCUGUUUAUAACAAGCACGAUGUUGCUGUUAAAAAAUUCAUAGAAAAAUCACCUGGGCCAUUGCUAGCUAAGAAUCUUAGAGAUGAAGCUGAGAAAAUGAAGAAAUUCAAUGCUAAGAAUGUAGUGAGAUUAUACGGCAUUUGUACAGAGACUGACUCUCAUCUCCUUGUUAUGGAAUAUAUGUCAGAAAAGGAUCUGCGAGGUGUUUUAAAUAAUCCUUCUAGAUACAAUUUAACCUGGAGACGCCGACUGCGCAUGGCCUUUGAAGGCGCUUGUGGUUUAUAUCGAAUCCACAAUGCAAAACCACCAAUGUUACAUCGGUCAAUUUCUAGCAUUAAGUUCCUUGUUAAUGAAGAUCUACACAUCAAAAUUACAGGUUGCGGAUUUUCUCUAACCAGAUCUUCUGCUCGUAGACAUAAAAGCAGUCCUAAAAAGACAACAUUGCAGUACAUCGCACCAGAACAUUUAUUUGACGUCAAUACCAUAUACACUGAUAAAAGUGAAACAUAUAGUUAUGGAAUUGUGAUGUGGGAGAUUGCUACAUCAAAGAAACCAUUUGAGGGAAUGACUGAUUCUGAGGUGGUGAGAUAUGUCAGUAACGAAAGGAGAAAAGAAGCAAUUGAAGAUUCCGAUUGUCCAGAUGAAUUUGGUGAUCUAAUUGAUAAAUGCAGAGACUUUGAUCCAUUUAACAGACCCUUUUUUAAAGGCGAGUUUAUUUUUAUCAAGCCUUCAGUUAAUCUAAAUGACCGCUCUCAUGAAUGGAAUAAUCACCUUAACCGAGAUGUGUCACGAUAUUCAAUUGGUCAGACAUUCUCCUCAAGAAAUUGUGGACACGUUGUCAAAUAUAUUAAAGAAAUACAACUAAGAAAUAUGCAAAUGCUGUCAUCAACUGAAGAUCCAUGUCCUAGAAUAAAUUGUACUCGAUAA